AUGCUUGUGGCACUGCUUCUCCCCUUAUUGUGCCUCCUGAGCCCGGCUGCUGCUGGGAGGCUGCUGGUGAUCCCCAUGGAGGGCAGCCACUGGCUCAGUAUGAAAAAAGUGCUGGUUGAGCUGAGCAAGAGAGGGCACGAAAUCGUGGUCAUUGCACCAGACAACAAAAUCCUGAUUGAUUCCGCGGAUAUCUAUGAACUGAAAACCUACCCUGUACCAUUGACAAAAGAGGACAUGGAAGAACACAUACACGCUGCUACUGCAAGAGCUUUCAACCAAGAACCUUUCCUGGUGAGAUUCUGGAAGCUUUUAGGAGAUUAUCGGAAGAGCGGGACUAUGUUUCAUGCUUCCUGCAAGUCCUUGCUGUACAACCAAGAGCUGAUGAAGUACAUCGGAGACAGUCACUUCGAUGCCCUGCUCACGGAUCCUGUGUCUCCUUGUGGGCAGAUCAUUGCCCUGCACUUCUCCAUCCCCAGUGUUUUCUUCCUGCGGCUGGUCCCAUGUGCCUUAGAGGUUCGCGCGGCUCAGGGCCCGGACCCGCCAUCCUACGUCCCACGCAUGUUCUCGGAAAACACGGACCACAUGACCUUCUCCCAGAGGGUGAGGAACUUCCUGAUUGCCCUUUCUGAGUCCUUCAUCUGCAAUAUCGCCUAUUCUCAAUUUGAAGAGCUGGCCUCAGAGAUCCUCCAAAAACCGAUGACAAUGACAGAGCUUUUAAGUCAUGGAUCGGUCUGGCUGCGGAGAAUUGACUUUGUCUUUGAGUAUCCCAUGCCUGUCAUGCCCAACAUGGUUUUCAUUGGAGGCAUCCACUGUGGAGAGAAGAAGAAGCCGUUACCUCAGGUCAGUGGCUGGCUGGGAGAGGUUGUGGGAGUCACACACCUGCAUGAUCCAAAUGAAGCAUUUUAUAGGGAUGUAUCUUAUCUCUCUCUUGGAGAGAGACUGAAGAGCCUGAAGUGA